AUGGAAGACCCGGCUCUUCUUCUCAUCAGUGAUGGCUCUCCGGUGAAUGUAUUUAGGGAAAAUAAUAAAUUGGACGAAGAUGAGGAAGAUUUUCGGAGCUGUUGUGGAGAUGAUGAGGUUUGGAAGGAGGCCGAAGAAAUUGUCAAGGUUGAAGGGCCAAAAGCUGAUCUUGACGAGUUUUCGGUGAAGAUGUUCUUCAAAGGGGUGUCAAUAACUGAUUCAGGGGACUCCGGGCCUGGCUAUUCUGGAAUUGGUGUGGUAAUGGAAAGACAGGAAAAGGUUCCCCUUGUUCAGGUGCAAAAGAAGCUUGAUUUCUAUGUUGAGUCCUCUGUUGCUGACUACUUGGCGCUUAUGGAUGGCCUAACUGAGGCCGUGCAGAAUAACUUUCGCCAUGUCUAUGCAUCCACUGACUCCAGUUUGUUGUAUAACCAGAUAACACACAAGGAGAAAAUCGAGAAUCCACUUCUGAUAGCAUUGAGGGAAAGGAUCGUUGAGCUCACUGGUAGUUUGGAAACAUUUUUACUGAAACUCGUUCCCAGCUGUGCUCUGGAGAGACCAUUGCAUCUAGCUCAGAUAGCAGUAGGCAUUGUUUCGUUUCCUGGAAGUGGAGAUAAAAAAACACAUGGCAAUUGCUCUUUUUGUUUUGAGGACAAAAUGCUGCCAAUGAUGAUCACACUCAAGUGUUCUCACAAGUUCUGUUCACAUUGUAUGACAAAAUUUGUCGAAGCCAAAAUGCAGGAGUCUUCUUCUCAAAUACCCAUCAGAUGCCCUCAGCUGGGAUGCAAGUAUUACCUGUCCAUCUCGGAGUGUCAAUCUUUUCUUCCUCAUGCUUCAUAUGAAUCUUUCAUGGAAGCCCUAGCAGAAGUUGAUGAUGCUCUUCAUUCUGAUAGAAUUUAUUGUCCUUAUUCAGAUUGUUCAGUUUUGCUAGAUCCUCGUGAAUGUUUGUCUGCAAGGGCAAGUUCUUCAAGUCAGUCGGAUAAUAGCUUCUGUGUUGAAUGUCCAGUUUGUCAGAGGUUCAUCUGUGUUGGAUGCAGUGUUCCAUGGCACUCUUCAUUGAGCUGCGAUGAGUAUCAAAACCUUCCGUUUGAGGAAAGACAUGCUACUGACGCUACCUUGCACCGCCUUGCACAAAAUAAAAGGUGGAGGCGUUGCACGCAAUGUCGUAGAAUGACUGAGCUCACUCAGGGUUGCUAUCACAUGACCUGCUGGUGUGGUCAUGAGUUCUGCUACUCAUGUGGUGCUGAGUACAGAGAUCGGCAACAGACCUGCCACUGCGCCUUCUGGAAUGAAGAAAACAAUUCUGACGAUUUAAUUACACAGUCUGUGCAAGAGUCCGAACAAUGGGCAUGGGAGACUUUUAAUUCACUGCCCAUGUUAAUGGAUGCAUAUUCAGACCAAGAAAGGUCACAGCUUGCACUGAUCCAAAGAUUCCUCUCCGGCGGAUUCAGCCUGAGCGAUCACCAUCCAACAUCCCAAUCCCCUCCACGCUGUACAGAUUCAUACGUGGACACCAUGAAAGACCUCCACCAGCUCCCAUGGCUUGAGAGAUUUGUAUCCGUGAUCAGUGACAACUACUACGAGGAUUUCCUUCAGUGA